AUGGCAGCUGAGAACGUGUUACAAACAACCGGUCUUAAUGAAGUAUAUUCUAACAGUUUUGGAGUAUUCCUGUUAUCCUUUGACUUGGUCCAAGGCAAUGUGAUUGAACUGGAUGAGAGGUUUAUUGAUGCUAAAGACCAGGGGAAGUGGCUUGUUGAGUUUUAUGCCCCUUGGUGCGGUCACUGUCAGAAGUUGAAGCCGGUAUGGGCAGACGUUGGGAUUCAGAUGAUGAAGAAUCAUCCAAAACUGCAUGUAGCCAGAUUGGAUGGAACACGUUUCGGAAAAGUGAUGGAUAUGUUUGAUGUGAAGGGCUUUCCAACUAUCAAAUAUAUUGAAGGAGAUAAGGUCUUUACACACACCGGAGGAAGGACGUCUAAAGAUAUCAUUGAUUUGCAAACAAAGCACAAGGGUGAGUUACCUGCAGUAAAACAACUCUCAAGCUCCAAUAGUCUUCAACAGUACAGACAGAGCAAAGCUGUAUUCUUUGUUAUAGCUGCUGAAGAUACUACUAGUGAAUUAGCAACAUUAUUCUCGACUGUAGCUGAUAAGCGUAUUCUAGAUGCCUUCUAUUACCAUGUCAAACCUAACGUUAUACCAGAGGAUAUGAGACCAAAGAAUGUUCCAGCCGUCCUGGUUUUUAAAGAUGGUCUCCACUAUCAGUAUGAAGCCCCAGAAGGAAGUCUCUCUGAGGAGCAUCUCUCCGACUGGAUCGGAGCAGAAAUGUUCCCAGCAUUCCUUAGGAUUGGAAAUGAUAAUAUCAAUCCUAUCGGCAGGACAGAAAAACUUAUUGCUGUUGGUCUGGUAUUCCCAAGUGCUACAACCUAUAAGAGUCAUCCUCAUAACCAGAUGUUAGAACUCAUCAAGAAGGUGGCUAUUGACCAUAGAGAGACAUACUACAAGAAAGUGCAAUUUGGAUACAUGGAAGACAGCAAUAUGCUGAGUGACAUCAUUCUAAGGUCAGUAGAGGUACCAGGUAUCUUUAUCAUUGAUCCAGUCACCUAUCUGUACUAUGAAGUAGAUGAACCUCUAGAGCAGACGGAGGAAUCCUUAGUCGACUUCUUGAAUGGUAUCAUUGACGGUACCGUGAAGGCUAAAGGAGGCAAUAGCUUCUUCAGAAAGAUCUACAGAGUGUUCUAUGAAAUCAUCAAGAGUGUUGUGAUGAUGUGGCUAGCUAAUCCAAUCCUGAUGACUCUUCUACUUGCUCUGCCCACCGUGCUCAUCACCUUCAUCUGCUACAGCAUCUGCACCGCGGAGCCCAUCGACGAGGAUGCAGAGUACCCUGACAGUGACGAGGAGGAGGAUGACGAGGGAGAUCGGGACGGACCGAAGAUCGAGGAGAUCGAAGAUGAAGAUCCAUCGGGCCAUAAGAAGACAGAGUAACAUACAAGGGACCCGUUUCACAAAGCCUUUUUCUCAAUGACAAAUGACAAAAAAAAAAUCAGUGACAAAUCUGCUGAUAACCAAUCAGAAGUAAGGAUUUCAGUAGCUUAUAACAAAAACUGUCAUUUGACACUGAUGACAAGUUUUGUGAAACAUCUCCCUGUUUUGUAGUCAGAUGACUGUUUUAACACAUAUGCAAGGCAUGUGACUGAUCAUGUGAUCCAUCACAUGAUUUGUCAUGCUUCGGUGUGCAAUUCAUAUAUUGAAUAGAAAGAGUCAAACCUCAUGGUGUCGAGGAAUGAGUAGGCUUAAUAUUCAUGAUUUUGUUGUUGUUGUUGAAAAGGUCUGGAAACAGAACAAAAAGUAAAGUUUAGACAGUAAUAGGACUGAUGUCAUGAGACAUAUCAAAGUUAGUUACGUUCACAUUAGGUGAGCCACCCUGAGAAAUACAUGGAGUAGAAAAGGAGAACCAGGAUGAUCUCAUAGUCAGUGUGACUGAAGAACUAUUUAGUUCUACGGUAUAUCUGAACUGUUCUAUAUCUGAACUGAAGUGUGCAUUAUAUGAAAUGCACACUUCAGUGCUGUAUAUGAAAUACACACUUCAGUGCUGUAGUGUAGUCAGGGUUUUAAUAGUUUGUCUUUCAAACUCUAGGCAAUUGUGUUGAUGAUUCCUGCCCCUUUUUUUCUUUGCAACUGUAACUAAAAUGUCACUGUAUACUGAGCCUUGAUACACUUUUGUAAUAAAUGUAAAGCUGUUGGAAAGUAGUAAUACGUAAGAUGAAUGCACACAAGUACCAUCACAGAUAAUUUUUGUUGUUGUAAUGCUGUUUCAAAUAAUGAAAUAUUUAAAUCUAGUCACAGGUUAGGAAUUGUAGGGCUGCUAGUCACAAACUCAUUAGGGCUAUACUAUUUAAGUUUCUUUUUUUUUAAAAGUAAUAUAGACCAAAGAAGCUUGCCUUGAUUGAUGUUUGUUUUUAAGGUCAUGGUUAUCAUUAGGAUGUCAGUAGGAGCAAUGACAUUGAUAAUUAUCUUGAUCACCAGCUUGAUUUUCAUAAGCAUAUAAUUAAGCUUCACUAAGCAUACAUGUAUAUACUGCAUCAACAUUAGAUAGCUCAAUCUUUUUAGUGUAAAACAUUGACAUCAUGUAUGAUGUAUUUGGUGUAAACAUCUGACUAAUGACAUGGCAGUUAUUGGAAUUCCAAGUUAUUGUUAAAAGCAAGAAAGUUAAAUACGACUGGAUAAGAAAUGAUAAUACACUUAUCAAACUAUUUACAGAAAGAUUACUCAAAAAUAUUGUUAAAAAAUGGAGUCAUUUCUUGUCAUGAAGAGUUUAUAACGUAUCUUUUAUUUCCAGGAAUCUGACAACUCAAGAUGGGAUGUUAUUUUAAAAAUGGUUAGCAUAUGUGUAACUUGUUACUGCAUCUUAGAAAAUUAAUGGAAGUUAAUAGUUGGAAGUUAAUUAACACAAUUGAAAAUGAUGAAUUAUGCAUUCCAUGUAAAUGUUUUGGCAAGGUAUGAUUACAAUUAAUUUAUGUACUUCCCAAAUUAUGAAAGAGAUGUUCCUAAAUUUAAUUUUCAUUUUAUAUCAUAAAUUUGUUCAGGCAUUGUUUUUGUUUGUGUGUGUUGUACAUAUUUACAGGUAAUAUGCACUUUGAUACUUGACUUUUAUGUAAUUUUUGUGAGCAACCCGAUAAAUAGAAAAUAAAUCUAGACAAUUGUAGGAGUUGAAUAAUUUUGGUAAAUGGGGACUGUCGUCUGUUAGCGUUUUUGUUGUUGUAAAAGUGACUUUAUGAUUAUGUAGUUGUAGAAUAAGUACAAUAAUAGGGCUUUCUAAACCUCAAAAUGCUAUUUACUCAGAGCAUUGUAAUAAUUUUUCUAAAUAUUAGCAUUUAUAUGAUCAAAAUUGCACAUUUUUAAAUGUUGAUAUACGGUAAAACAAGAAACUGUCGAGCACAAUAGAGUUUGUAAAUAUUCAUGCUAUGAAAUAAUUGCAUCACAUUCAUAACUGACGCCUUGCUGAAAUUUUACAGUUCGCUGAUGUUUCUUGUGGUGAAAGUGGCCAUUGUUUUCAAUUCAUGAAAGUGACUAGUUUUACUGUAUGCAAGAUUAAAUGAUAUCGACACUAUGAACAGUGCAAUCUAGUUUGUUCUAUCAUGCAUUGUUAGAUAAAUGCCCUUUCAGUAUAAAUGUUUUUAUUGCUAUGUGCUUUAUGAUACUCAAAUGAUAUAUUUGAGAUUAGUUAUGGUGUCUUCAUCGUGUAAUUUAGGUGCAGGUUUUAUGUUUGUACAUUUAAAUCUACACAAUGCACUGUAGUCCUCUUUCGAUUCAUCUCUGGUUAUGGUACAUCAAAAGUUACAUGUAGGUUUUACAAUGUAGACACAGAUCAUAGAGAGAAGAAUUAAUGAUAGUCUGAUUAUUCUAAAAGAGCAGAAAGAUGCUUGCCAUAUAUUUUCCUCAGGUAAAGCAACAUCCCCCAAAUCUGAUGAUCCCCCGCCCGCCCUCCUCCCCCUUGUUUUCUUUCUUGUCAGACUUUUGUUGAAGUAUAGACCCCCCAAUACACACAAAAUCUUGGAUUUGCACUGGAAGUCAAAUCUGUCCUUCUUUGUGAUACAUGAGUUUUGUGUGUGGGGAAACUAUCAAAUGAUUCUUUGACCUUUUGAAUUAAUCUGAGCCAUGUCAAUGGAUUUUAUUCCAUACAUUGUUACUUUAAAGAUGUGUUUUUGGUAGAAAAAAUGUGAUUUGUUAUCAAUGUUAAUUGAAUGAUUUGUACUGUGAGCCCUUUGUAAGUUGUUGUAAUAUCACUUUGUUGUAGUUCACUUGCAACAGUACUGACAAUAAAUUUAGAUUUGUAUAAUGAA